ACAUUGGUGAGAGGUAUUAAGUUAUUGAAAUGAUUUCGGAUUUACAAAGUUUGAUUGAUGAAGAGCAAGCCUACAAUGGCGAUGAUUCUGAUGAAUUCAAUUGGACGCGCUACUAUGAACUUGAGGAUAUUUACAAAUUUCUCGAUAAAAUUCUUGCCAAAUAUCUAACUGUUACGGAACCAUUCACAAUUGCCCAGUCCUAUGAAGGACGUCCUGUGAGGGGUAUUAAAAUUUCCUACAAAACGGGAAAUCCUGGAAUCUACAUUGAAUCAAAUAUUCAUGCACGUGAAUGGAUUACAUCGGCUACGGCUACUUGGUUUAUCAAUGAACUUCUUACCUCAUCGGAUCCCGACAUACGCAACUUGGCGGAAAAUUAUGAUUGGUAUAUUGUACCGGUGUUGAAUGUUGAUGGAUUUGUGUAUACCCACAAUAAGGAUCGUUUGUGGCGUAAAACACGUCAACCCGUUGCACAUUCACCCUGUAUUGGCACCGAUGGUAAUCGCAAUUUCGACUCGUAUUGGAUGGUCAACGGUGCCUCAUCGGAUCCAUGUGCAAAUGACUAUGCCGGACCGGCUCCUAAUUCUGAACCAGAAAUUAAAGGAGAAUCGGAAUUUUUACGCUCAAAUAAAGACAAAUUCAAUGUGCUUUUGGCAUUCCACAGCUAUUCACAGAUGUUGUUGUCUCCAUAUGGCCAUACAGAGGAAGUUCCACCAAACAACGAUGACCUCUUGAAGGUGGCUGAUGCCUAUGCCCAGGCUGUGGGCAAGCUGUCGUAUGGAAGUGAAUACACCUAUGGUACUUCGGCCGGUGCAAUGUAUUAUGCCCCUGGAGCAACCAUCGAUUUCGCCUACAAUGAAGCUGAUAUUAAGAUAACCUAUACAAUUGAAAUGCGUGAUACAGGACGUCAUGGUUUUGUUUUGCCACCCACACAUAUCCUGCCAAAUUGCAAGGAAACAAUGGCCGGUAUUAUGGCCCUGAUCAAAGAAGCCCAAAAUUUGGGUUAUAUAACACCAAAAUAUUAGUAAUCACAUUUUGUUAUUGUUUUUUUUUUUAAUUGAUUAAUA